AUGGCUCCUGGAGGAAAGAUUAAUCGUCCUAAAACAGACUUGCACAAGAACUUAUUUAAGCGCCGCCGUGUUUUACAGCGUGAGAAACGCAAAAACCGCAAAGUGAUUGGAGCUGUAGUGGACAAAGAAUUAAUAACUGCUAAUCACCUCGGAAAGAGAUC